AUGGACAAGAUAAACCCUGAUUGGGCGCGAGAUGUACCCUGUCGAAAUGUCAUCAUAUAUGGUUUUUGUAAGAAGAAAACUGAAGGAUGCCCGUUUAAGCAUGAUGAUGACGAUAUAGCUACUCCUACCUCGACUCCCAAGGUUGCAGAUACCGUGCCUGCCCCAUCUGGAGUGAUUCAACAACCUUCCAAGAUAUCAGUGAGUUCCUUACCUUCCCUCAAUUCUCAACCGAGUAGUACUGCCCCAACGAGUGCUCCUAAUGCUACUGCACAUACUGGGUCGAAGUCACAGGUACCGAAAUUCAAUGCAAAAGCCUCGGCAAGUUUCACACCGAUGUCGAAAGCUGCAGAUGGAACACAGGAGACACAGGCACCAUACCUUGAAAGUCCUGUAGCAGGUUCGCCAGGGCCUAUAUUAAAAGCGGGUACACCGGUGAGUUUCAUGCAACCCAACAUAUAUUCUACUACUCCUGUGCCAUCACCAGCAUCGAUGGCUAUGCCUAAUGUGGUAAUGCCACCAAACGAUAUGGGAAGUCCCGAUUUGGGUUUACAACAGCAAUCACAUAUGGUGAAUCUUGAUGGCUCCAUACAGCAAAACUAUCAAGAAAGACCAAAUGUUUUAAUGAGAGACUCAUCCAUGCCGCUGACAAUGGGGACAUCUGGUAGCAGGCCAAUGCUUGAUCAACAGAUACAUUCAAUUUCGGGACUCAGUAACACUUCGGGGCCGCAACCGCCUGGUCUACUACAGAGUAUGAAUGGUGCUUCUAUGGAUAUGGGUCUUCCAAUGAAUCUUCGGUAUCCUACGAUAUAUCCACCAACACACAGCAUUUUACAAUAUCAUUUAUACGCACCCGACCCUCCGCCCCAGCUUGAAAUAGCCUUAAAAGAGAAUGAAAGGACUCCACGAAUGCUAUUCAUACCUAAUGACCUUCGAGAAGAACUGGUAAAGAGAAAUCUUGCAUCACUACAAUUAUUUCCUUCAGGAGGUAAUUUACCUCAUAUAGUCAAGGACUAUUUUGGCCUUGUACCACUUGAUUUUCAUCAGCGCUCAAGUGUGAAGGAUAGGUACAAGAAACACAAGAAUUCAUUGUAUAAAGUAUUUUCCAAUGUUGAUGGGCGUAUUUAUUUGCUGAGAAGAAUCCACGAUGUAAAUAUAAGUGAUCCUACGAUUAUCUCAAAGACUUUUCAAAAAUGGAGUAAGAUAGACUCAUCCAAUGUUGUUGCAUUGAAAGAUCUUUUCUUGACCACGGCCUUCGGAGAUUCAUCCCUAGGAAUAGUGUAUGAUUACUAUCCAAAUGCUACUUCUUUAUAUGAAGCUCACUUCGUGAACUAUCCAACAGUUGAAGUAACUGAAGAUUUACUUUGGAGUUAUGCUGUCCAAAUACUAAACGGCUUGAGAGAGAUUCAUAACACUAAUGGUGUCAACAUCGGCGACCUUGAUUGCGAUAAAAUCAUACUCACUGGGAAGGGUAGAAUAAAAAUAUCAGCUGGGGCAGAGUAUGACAUAAUGAAUAUGUGUUGUCCUGAAGAUAAUGAAGACGAUGAUAAUGAGGAAAAGCUGAGGAAAAGGAACUUUGUAGACCUUGGUGAAAUCUUAUUCAAGCUAGCUUCCAAGAUGUGUAAUUGUCAUGGAAAGGAUGUUGCAAAUUUGGCACAAGUAUCUGAGAAAUUGAAGAACCUUAUCAAGUCUUUGGCUUUCGAACAAUUACAUGAUUAUGUCAAUGUUGCAACUAUUAUUGAAAAGUACAUUGGUUUAGAUGUAGUAUUUAAGGUGAUGGAAGCUCAGCAAACAUAUUCAGAGUAUGCAGAAAAUGUGCUCUCGCGAGAGCUAGAGAAUGGCCGUUUAUUCAGACUAAUAUGUAAACUUAACUUCAUCUUUGGUCGUGUUGAAAAUCGUUUGGACAUCAACUGGUCCGAACCAGGUGACAAAUUUGUCAUCGUUCUAUUCUAUGACUACGUGUUUCAUCAAAUUGAUCCAAAUACAGGGAAACCAGUCACUGACCUGACCCAUGUGCUGAGAUGUUUGAAUAAACUUGAUGCUGGAGUUGAGGAAAAUAUACUAUUAGUCACUCCUGAUGAGCUGAAUACUGCUGUAGUUUCAUAUAAGAAAGUGAAGGAACUUGUGGACAAGACAUUCAGGGCUAUGACCCUAUGA